AUUUUGUUCAGAGUCUCUGAAACACUCAACUGAAGUCAGAAAAAAAUGUAAAAUAAAAUAAAUAAAAAAAGCCAAAGCAGAAGAAGCUACCUAACUUCUGAUAUAGAGACUUGGGAGUCUUUUUCUCUUCCAAUAAAACAAAGCUCUUCUCUUUUCUGUGUGAAAGAAAGUAGUGAGGAUGCCUAGACCAGGUCCAAGGCCUUAUGAGUGUGUUAGGAAGGCUUGGCACAGUGAUAGACACCAACCCAUCAGAGGUUCUCUCAUUCAAGAAAUUUUCAGGGUUGUGAAUGAGGUUCAUGGCUCAGCUACUAAGAAGAACAAGGAAUGGCAAGAGAAGCUCCCUAUUGUUGUGCUCAAAGCAGAAGAAAUUAUGUACUCCAAAGCAAAUUCUGAGGCCGAAUACAUGGACCUUAAAACACUUUGGGAGCGAAUGAAUGAUGCCAUUGACACAAUUAUUAGACGUGAUGAGAGUACCGAAAAUGGAAAGCUUCUCCAGCCUUGUAUUGAAGCUGCUUUAAAUUUGGGCUGCACGCCAAGAAGAGCAUCGAGGAGCCAACGGAAUAUUAACCCCAGGUUUUAUCUGAGUCCCAACACUCAAGAGCAGCCCCCCUGUGUUUCUCUUGGCAGAGUAGUGAACACUAGUCAAGGGAAUUAUACCACCAAAUCACAGUAUAUGCCUCGUUGUUCGAAUUUUGUGAAACCCAAUACUCCAAUUUCAACCCAUUUGAGACCUUUUCCCCCAAGCAAUGAUUGUGCUGCUAACAAGUCUCUCUUUGCAUCUGUGAAUGUUCCACCAUCUAGUAAUAAACCCAGUUUACAUAUGGAAAAUUAUCCAGCAUCAAACUUGUAUCCGGUUUAUCCCUUGUAUUAUGGAAAUUGCCUUCAGUUUGUAGAACCCCAGCAUGGUUUUGGAAUCCUUCCUAAUUUGACUUCUGACACAUUGGAGCCUGCCAAGAUGGGUGUUGAGAAUCCCUAUUCCUGUAAUGUAGAUGCAUCAUAUAAGAUCACUGAAACUGAUACAAGGAAACCCCUUGAGAGCUCAUGUAAGAUUGGCUGUGAUCUAUCAUUGCGGUUGGGCCCUCUCUCUUUUACACGCCUAGGUGUUGGAAACAGGAAGCCUCAAGAGGUUGAAGAUGAUGGUUCUGGUAGUUCUCGAGAUGGAGGCAACCAUAGGGAUCAGUCACCCGUGGAUAGAAAGUUAGCAUUAUUUACUGGGGGAAAGGCAUAUGACCCUUUAGACUCCUCUUCAAUUAAAUGCAGUUUUGAGGAUAAAAAUAUAAAUGUAGAAGCAACGAUGAGAAAGCGAAAGGAAGUUUUUAAUCACCCUGAAGAGGAUCAGCAAUUCUGUGGGCUGCCAAAACUUCCAUGUAGUAGUCACUUGACUGGAAGAAUGAGAAAUGCUGAUUAGAUCUUGGUGUAGAAACUUCUACCUGGCAAUCUUGACAGGGUUAGAUUAGUAGAUAUUGAUGAAUUGUUUAUUGCAAGGAUUCAAAAUUUGUAAAAAUGUAAUGUAAGCAAACGACAUUAAGUUCGAAUUAGAUGUAUAUGAUGGACAAGCUAACUGAAUUCGAGGCUUUUUAUUA